UUAGUGUGGAGAUCGAUAAGGAAAGAGGAAUCUUCAAGGUAUUAAGGAAGUAACAACUAACAAGUAACUGCGUUGCCGUUGGCUACGGUGGAUCGGUCAAUUAGCAAUUAGGAAAGUCGUCGAGGGCGGCGGGCGAUCCCCAUCGAAAUGGAUUUCUUGGAACUGGAGGCAGUGGAAGGCUUGAGGUGGUCAUGGAACUCAUGGCCAACCUCGAAAUCCGAAGCUUCGUCUCUCAUAAUCCCCCUCUCCAUCAUGUGCACCCCUCUCAUGCAACCCCCCGAGCUUCCCAUCGUACCCUGCGACCCUCUCAACUGCUCUCGAUGCGACGCCGUUUUGAAUCCCUACGCUCGUCUCGACUAUCAGUCUCGCAUCUGGCACUGCCCUUUCUGCUCCCAACGCAACCCCUUCCCUCGCUCCUACUCCGACAUCGCCGAUACCAAUCUCCCCGCCAAGCUCUUCCCUACCUAUAGCUCCGUCGAAUACGCCCCCGCUCACGUGCCUUCUAGUUCUAACUCCCUCCUCUCACGUGCGCCUAUUACUCCUCCUUCUUCUUCUUCUUCUCUUCCUCCUCGCGUGCUGUCUUCGUCUUUCUCUUCUUCGUCUUCGCUGGUUAGUGUCGCCGCUGCUGCUGCUGAUCCGCGUGGGCCUGGGCUUGGUCCUGGGCCUGCUUUGGUGUUUGUUGUGGAUCUCUCCUCCGCGGAGGACGAGUUGCGUGCGCUUAAGAAGGAGCUGCUGCUGGUCAUGGAACAGUUGCCGGAGAACACCCUUGUUGGAUUAGUUACCUUUGACUCCAUGGUUUAUGUUCAUGAUCUUGGCUAUUCUGAGUGCUCAAAGGUUAUCCUAUUCCAUGGCGAUCGUGAAGUUUCGUCUAAUCAGACCAGACAGUUCCUCAACAUUAGUCACGCCCACCACCAGCUGCAUCAUGGACAAACACCUGUUGUCCCAAAGCAGGGAUAUUUGUUGCCAAUUUCAGAAUGCGAGUUCAGCAUCACCGCGGCAAUUGAAGAGAUCCAUUGUAUGUGGAAGUACACUUCAGGAAGGCGUCCUCUAAGGUCCACGGGUGCUGCAAUAUCAGCUGCACUUGGAGUUUUAGAGUCUUGCCUAAUAAAUACUGGGUCGAGGAUCAUGGUCUUCACAUCUGGACCUGCUACUCUAGGACCAGGUGUGGUUGUGGACUCGGAUCUCGCCCAAGCCAUGAGAACCCACCAGCACAUCAUGAAUGGGCAUGCAAGACACCAUGAGAAGUCUUGUAGUUUCUACAAACGAGUUUCCAAGAGGCUCUGUGAUGCAUCUGUUGUUCUUGAUCUGUUUGCUUGUUCUCUUGACCAAGUUGGAGCGGCUGAGCUUCGAGAACCUGUUGAGCGCUCAGGUGGGUUUAUGAUUCUUGCUGAGUCUUUCGAAUCAGAUCAAUUCAGGAAAUGUUUGAGGCAUCUAUUUGAACGUGAUGAUGGUGGCUCUUUGAAGAUGAACUUCGAUGCUACCAUUGAAGUAGUGACAACGAAAGAUGUGAAAAUCUGUGGAGCACUUGGUCCUUGUGUGUCUCUUCGAAAAAAGAAUAGUUUAAUAAGUGAGAGUGAGGUUGGAGAAGGGGGUACCUGUAUAUGGAAGUUAAAUACUCUGACCGACAAGACUUGUAUUGCUUUUUUCUUCCAAGUAAGCAACGAACAGAAAAUCCAGCCUGGUUCUGCAUUUUUAAUUCAGUUUAUCACACGAUACAGACAAGGGAACUUGGGAAUCCGGAAGAGGGUGACCACAGCUGCAAGACGAUGGGUUGGGAAUUAUUCUACCGAUAUUGCUGCAGGGUUUGAUCAAGAAGCCGCAGCUUCGGUUAUGGCAAGACUUGCUAUUCUCCGGGCAGAGACAUGCUAUGCCCGUGAUGUGAUUAGAUGGCUGGAUGACACACUUAUCCGUUUUGCUUCAAAGUUUGGGGAUUAUGUGCCAGAAGAUCCUUCUACAUUCCGGCUUUCGUCCAACUUUUCCCUUUAUCCCCAGUUUAUGUUCCACUUAAGGCGAUCUCAAUUUAUUGAUGUCUGUAACACUACACCUGAUGAAACUGCUUUUUUCCGACUAAUGCUAAAUCGCGAAGGAGUAGUGGGCUCUCUUAUAAUGAUUCAACCUACGCUUUUCCAAUAUUCAUUUGAUGGGCCCCCUGUGCCAGUACUUCUAGACAUUCGUUCCAUUUAUCCAGAUGUUAUCUUGCUCUUUGAUUCCUACUUCCAUGUGGUGAUUCAUUAUGGGUCCAAGAUUACUCAGUGGAGAAAGCUUGGUUAUGAUAGGGAUCCGAAUCAUGAGAACUUCAGAAAGCUGUUGGAAGCCCCAGAAUUGGAUGCACAGCAAUUGGUGAUGGAACGGGUGCCAGUGCCAAAGUUUAUAAGAUGUGACCAGCAUAGCAGUCAGGCAAGGUUUCUUCUUGCCAAGUUGAAUCCAUCCGUAACUCAAAAUUCAACAUACACAGAUGGUUCGGACAUUGUCUUUACGGAUGACUUGAGCUUGCAAGUAUUUUUAGAUCACUUGCAGGUAUUGGCAGUGCAAGGGUAAUAAAAAAUGACAUUAAUUAGGUUUAGGCUCUUCAGCAUGGUCAUACGAGAAAGAUAUCUGUAAGUAGCUUACAAAGAAGAGGUUUCCAUGUUUUUGGCAGAAAGUAUUUCCUUGGUUACUUUUGAAUUGUAAAUUCUCUGAUUUCUUCUGUACGAUUACAAUUUUAUUUAGUAAACUAGUUUUGAAGAUGUAGCUUCUGUUUAUUGUUUCUUUGUCUAGGAAGUAGGAACUGGGUUAUCCCCCCAAAUUUCUCUGCCUAUAUUGUAAAUAUCAUUUGGUAUGAUUAAAAGAAUGCCCCGUUUCGUUUAUUUA